AUGUCUGAUCUCCUCAGGAGUGCAGUGGACAAGGCCUUACAGAGUGAGAACGGACACCUGGACCUGUUCCUCCGCUUCCUUCUGGGUCUCUCACUGGAGUCCAAUCAGACUCUCUUACGAGGCUUAAUGCCACAGACAGGAAGCAGCUCUCACAGCAAACAGGAAACAGUCGAGUACAUCAAGGAGAAGAUCAGGAAGAAUCCAUCUCCAGAGAAAUCCAUCAAUCUGUUCCACUGUCUGAAUGAACUGAAUGAUCAUUCUCUAGUGCAGGAAGUACAGACUUACCUGAACAGAGGAGGAAACAGUCGUCUCAGUGGAACCAGACUCUCUCCUGCUCAGUGGUCAGCUCUGGUGUUUGUGUUACUGAACUCAGAUCAGGAGCUGGAUGAGUUUGAUUUGAGGAAAUAUGACCCAUCAGAGGAAUGUCUUCUGAAGCUGCUGCCAGUGGUCAAAGCCUCCAGAAGAGCUGAGCUGUGUGUGUGUAAACUGACAGAGGAAAGCUGUAGAGUUCUGUCCUCAGUUCUCAGAUCAAACUCCUCCAGACUGAGAGAACUGAACCUGAGUAACAAUAACCUGCAGGAUUCAGGAGUGAAGCUGCUCUCUGCUGGACUGGAGAAUCCACACUGUACACUGGAGAUACUGAGGAUGUGGAACUGCAGGAUUACAGAUGAAGGUUGUGCUGCUCUGACUUCUGCUCUGAGGUCAAACUCCUCAUCACACCUGAGAGAACUGGAUCUGAACGAUAAUAAUCCAGGAGAAUCAGGAGAGAAGCUGCUCUCUGAUCUACUGAAGGAUCCACACUGUAACCUGGAGACACUACACAUUAACUAUAAUACACUCACCAGGACGGCGUAUGACAGGAGUCUCACCUCAAACCUCUUCUCCAGGAUACUGCAGUCUUGGUGAAGAGUUAGAACCCGUCCCACAUUUCCAGCAGUUUUGGAGCUGAAUCAUUAAACUUAAAGGGGCAGAGCAGAAACAAAGUCAAGAACAGGCAGAAGGUCGUACACAGGAGAAAUCAACACACGUAACCAAAUAUCUGCUGUACAAAGCAACGGCACCGAUCUGCCCCGGGGAUGGAGACUGACGAGGCUUAAGUACACGUCCGGAAAUGUACAGCCAACUCAUCCCAAAGCACAAGGCGGGAGCAGACAUGUACAAGAUGUGAUAGUCCAAUGGCAAGCCGGAACAUGACGCAUCGCAGUGGACUGGGCUUAAAAGAGGAGGAGACAAGACACCCAUCCCUCCCCCGACAUAGACACACGAAUGGAACAUAGUACAAACAGAAAUACAACUGAGGACGUAACAAUGGCCAAGUAUCAAAUAAAAUGUAAACGUGCAUUGAUGAAGGUAAUGUUGUUAGUAAUUGUUAUAAAUUACCAUGGUAACACAGAGCUCCAAGGUAUAAAAAUAUGGAGUUUGUCAUCAACCAAACAGUAACCAGUUUUAAUACCUAAAAAAGUUUACGUAGCCAAAUUUAGCAAAGCGCUUUACAGUAAAUUAAAAUGUAAAUUAAACUAAUGAAAUGUUGUGCAGCACAUGCUUAUGUUAAUGUUUGUUUCAUUAUAUGAUCAUAUAAAUAAAUAAAUACUCCCAAAGUCACCAGAAUUGAAAGCUUUGGUGCUGUUAAACAUUUAGAGAUUGAGGUUGUGGUGACUCAGUAUUUCACUCAGUAUAUCUGGGUAAGACACAGUGAACGACUCACUGUUGGCAUUCAUGAAGAAGUCAUAAACUCCACUGGAAUAAUAAAUAGGAUCUAAUAAAAUCAUGAGUGGAAAUUAUUGGUGUAAGUUUGUUAGGAUAGACUUCCUCCAACCUGGAACUAUAUCCUCCAGUCCACGCGGUGGCGGUAACGCGCCUAACAGCUGCGUCUCCGACCAGUAGAAAUCACAAGAAGAAAAAGCUGCAGCGGGUAUCUCCUGAGCAUGUCCAAAGCCCAGGCUGACCCCCCACCCCUUCAACCUUUGCAGCAAUGCUGGCAGCACUAUUUCCCAAAGACAACCUCUGGAUAUGACGCUGAGCACGUGCACUCAACUUCUUUGGUCGACCAUGGCGAGGCCUGUUCUGAGUGGAACCUGUCCUGUUAAACCGCUGUAUGGUCUUGGCCACUGUGCUGCAGCUCAGUGUCAGUGCCCAAAGCCCGUGGUGGUGGCAGUGCAUGGUGUGUGUGUGGGAGCAGGUCUGUUGGGAGUGUUAAGUACCAUCAUCUCAUACACUCAGCAAACAAUAUGGAUGGAACUUUCCAGAGUUGUGGUGUCACUUUCCUGCAAAGCUUUAACCAUCAGAGAGUUAUCUUUUACUGGGGCUUUUAGCUGCAGGAGACUGAAUUACUAACAGUUUUUUUUUUGUGGAUGUGAUUUCUUAUUUCGCAGGAGUGGAUCUAAUCACAGCCUGUGAUAUUCGUCUGUGCACACAGGAUGCCUGGUUUCAGGUGAAGUCGUGUGUUCCCUGAUAGUCAAUGAUUGCUGGAGCUCUGGAAAUAGCAGGUGAGAUUGCAGGCCGGAGUCCCGUCGCUGUCCAGGGAACCAAAAUCAACCUCCUCUACUCCUGAGACCACAGUGUAACUGAGAGCCUAGACUACAUGGCUACUUGGAACAUGAACAUGUUGCAGACACAGGAUCUUAUGAAGUCAGCGCAGGCAGCCCUGGAAAAGAAGAGUCCGAAAGACGUGCCCUUCUCCAAGCUUUAAAGGAGAAGAUCCAGGGCUGUUGAAGCUGUGGUGGAACUAAGACUUCAUCAUCCACAUAUCUUCAGUUCUUCUUGCUAAGUCUGUUUCUUUUUAGUCUUUUUAUUUUUAGACUGGUCAAAAGACCGAUUAGUGGAAGUGAAAUGAUAGAUGAACUUUUAAUUACUUGCUUUAUUAUUUGCAGGUGCUUUGUACAGUAAGACAGGGUAACUAAUACUCAAAAGCUUGUUUUGUGUGUUAACAUGUACAGUAGAUGUACAUAUUUCUUCUGGUCCUGUGUGACUGCAGAAUGUAGUGCAAUUAACACAGUAAAUUUCCUUGGAUGCUCACUUUUAACUCUAGGAGGUCACAGUUUGCCCAGACAUCUUUUUUUAAAUCCGUCAAUCCGUCACCCACACGUCAUUCUGGGGGACAAAGAGGAGGAAGCUGGACUGAUAAAUUUAUUUAUUUAUUUAUCAUUGCUGUUUUUCCUCAAUCGAGUGCAGAAAGAAGAGAAACAACACAACUGAUUUAAAAUAAAAAUAUAGAAAACAAUCUAAUGUAAAGUUCUGAUCCGGUUUGCUUUCAGCAGGAAGGCUGUCCUCUUUCCUGUUGCUCUUUCCCUUCCAUUAGUCCAUUUGUUGAGUCUGAAUCGGUUUGAUUCAUUUCGAGACGAUUCGGAGUCAAAUAAUUUUCUAGUGAGCGUCGAACACUUCCAAACGAACUAGACUGAGAUGAGUAUUUGAUUCUCACUAGAAAGUGAUUCGACUCUGAAUCAACUCGAAAUGAAUCAGUCAAACUGAUUCAGACUCGAUAAAAGGACUAUGAGAUGUGAUUAAGAUAUAUAUUCCAAUGUUUUGCUUUACAAUUCCACUGUGUGUGUGUGUGCGCGCACGUGUGUUUUUCAGGAGAACGAGAAACUCGGACACAACAGUACAUCCUGACCAUUGGUACUGUGUACACAUCAACAUACACACACGUCUCCAUGCUGGACAUCUCAGGAGCUUUCACACACAGUGCUAGGAAUAUCACGGGACAGAGAAACGCACCUCCAAAGUGAGCGAGUUUAGUGUCAACCGGUGAAAUUUGCUGUAGCGUGAACGCUUCGCCUCUGUAAGCUUCACUCUCCGUCAGGUUCACUGUAAUUAGACAUAAAAUGUACAUAAUGUUUAUUUUUCAUACAUUUAGGAUUUAAUGUUUUUUUUUUUGUUUUUUUUUACUCUUUGAGGAACAGAAAUGAUCUUUCGAGGCAGCUUCUUCAUCACUACCUGCUCUGUUUGACUCAAAAAUGUAACGACCGGUUUCAAAAAGUCACGAUGUCUUCAGUUCAUGUGAUUUUACUGUUGAAUUUAAACAGGAAAUGUGAAAUAUUUUUGUUCCUUUGUUUCCUCUACUGUCUUUUUGCUGUGAUCUUGAACACAGUUGUAAUUUUUUUUAAAUAAUAAAUAAAUUAUCGUUCUAUUCUUUCUCACUUUCCUUGUCCUAAUUGUCCUGUAUCUGUUCAAUCCGUUUCAUCUCUGGUCUUUCUGUCUGUAUGAACACUUGUAGAAAUGACUUGUAGUCCAUAUUUUUAAAUGAUUCAUGAUUUUGAAUUUAAAUAAAGAUAUUCUUUAA